GGUUGGGUUCCAAGAGGCCUUCACUUUCUCUGUAGUUUCCUUCAAAUGUCAUUAAUGGAGCCCUUAAAAUAUCUUCAAGACUGAAUCUUUUAUCCUCUAUUCGUCUUCUCUUUGUAAAUUGGGUGAAGGGUUUUUUUUUCUUUGAAAACCAUGGCUGUUUUCUCUUUGAACUUGAAUUCACUGCCCUUAGGCUUUAGAUUCAGACCAUCAGAUGAAGAACUAGUUAAUUACUACUUAAGACACAAAAUCAAUGGAAAAGAUGAUAAAGUUAGAGUUAUUCGUGAAAUCGAUGUCUGCAAAUGGGAACCUUGGGACUUACCAGGCUUGUCGAUAAUAGAGAACAAGGAUCCAGAGUGGUUUUUUUUCUGUCCAUUAGACAGGAAGUAUCCAAAUGGAUCGAGGCAGAAUAGAGCAACAAAUGCUGGGUAUUGGAAGGCAACUGGCAAGGAUAGGAAGAUAAAGUCUGGAAAUAGAUUGAUUGGAAUGAAGAAGACUCUAGUAUUUUAUACUGGACGUGCUCCUAAGGGGAAGAGGACUAAUUGGGUUGUGCAUGAGUAUCGUGCUACUGAAGAGGAGCUUGAUGGAACUAAGCCUGGCCAGAGUGCCUUUGUUCUUUGUCGUUUGUUUAAGAAACAAGAUGAGAGCAUUGAGAGUCCGAACUGUGAUGAAGCUGAAGCUACUGUUUCGUCUCCGACCACAGCUCAAUCGUCUCCAGAAGUUACACAAUCUGAUCAACCACUGACUGAAGCAUCUCCGGCAAAUACAACAACCUCUGAGGUUGUAGCGCCAGUUGAAUUUCCAAGCUGCAGCGUUGGUGUUUCUGAAGGAGGAGAUCAAACUGCUGAUUUACCCGCUUCUGAGGAGGAGCUACAGCUGGAAGAAGCCUUGAAUUGGUUAUUUGACUCCCCACCACAGGCUCUAGAUUACGAACUUUUUCCACCAGUCCAUGAGCAGGUCCAAGAAGCAGUGGGAUCUUCCUCCAUGUUUAAUCAUGGCAACAACGAUUUGAGCAGCAGUAACAGAGGGCUGCAAUCUCAUAAUGUUGGAAAUGAAACAGAUGACUAUACCUCUGAAUUCAUUGAUUCCAUACUUAAGCAGCCAGAUGAACUCUUUUAUGAGGUGCCUAGCUUUCAGAACAAUUCAUCAUUUCCAAGUGAGAGCCUUUUUAGGGGCAGCUUGCUCCGUGUUGUUGAGGACAAUGUAUCUUACAGUGGCUCGGAUGUUGACAUGGAACCAAUUAGGAUUGAACAAGGGUUUCAGGGUGCUGUCUUUCCUGAGGGGAACAUUGACGAGAAGCCUUCUUCAACUCUGCUUUAUGAUAGUAAUGUGCAUCAGCAGCCGAUCUAUCUGGGUUCAUUACAAAAUGGAUCUUACGCCCUGCAAAGUGUAGCAUCAAUUUCUGCCACAGACCAGCUCAAUACUCUCAACAAACCAAGCAACAGUACGAAUGAAGUUGGUGGUAGUGACACUAAUUGGAAUGGAAUAAGGACCAGGGUUCACAAUCCACGAAAUCGACAAUUUGGCAGGAAUUUCAAUACACAAGGUGAUGCACCAAGAAGAUUGCGUCUGCAGUGUAAGCUCCAAGUCCAACCAAUUCAGUUCAGCACAAAGUCAGAAGAUUUUAACUCUGGAGAAGGAGAACUUGAAUACGAGUGUAUUGUGACAAAGGAGAUCAAAGUUAGUGAAACCAAUGCCAUGGAUGAAGACAGUUAUACUAAUGCCAUGGAUGAACAGCUGAAACCUACCCUUGUCAAAGUUAGUGAAACCAUUAAAUUUUCUGAAGAACUGAUACCUAACAAUGGAACAGCCGUGAAGAAUAAUCGUUCUAUGCUCAGCAAGGUUUCAUUUAUGUUCUCGAAGGCUUCUUCUGCUUGUGAUUCCAUCUGGUCGAUUACCAUGUUUAGGGUAGCUGUUUUAGCAGUUUUGUUUGCAGUCUCAGUGAGCAGAUGUAGAUACUUUUUUCUCGAUACCGCUUAGGGACCUUUUCUCUGUUCAGUUUUCCCGGUUUAGUUUUUUCUUUUUUUCGGGGUGGGUUUACUAAUUAAGCUUAUGGGAUAGAUUUUGUAGGCCACUAUUGAUGUAUAUUAUCUCAAGUAGUCUGUUAACUUACUAUUGAGUCCUAUCUGUUUAUAUUCGACAUUUUACCAGUUCAAGCUUUUUUGUAUGUCUUGUUUAUAGAGGCUUAAUUUCAUGCCUAUGUUGGCAUAUUUCUGUAUAAAAAUCUUUUGGUGCUUGAAUAUUUAUGGAAUUAUUGUAUGGAUA